GGGGGGGCCGGUCGAGGAAGGGGGGUGAAGACUGCCUUCGUGCUCAACUGACAGAACUUUGUCCUGAUGUCACUAAACUUUCGAGAAGUUAUAACCGGCAUGGCGUACACACAACCUGGCGGCAAGAAAAGAGUUUGCUAUUAUUACGAUGGUGACAUCGGCAACUACUACUAUGGCCAAGGACAUCCUAUGAAACCACACCGAAUACGAAUGACCCACAACUUGCUUCUCAACUAUGGACUCUACAGAAAGAUGGAGAUUUAUCGACCUCACAAGGCAGUUUUGGAGGAAAUGACUAAAUAUCACUCGGAUGAUUAUGUGAAGUUCUUGAAGACAAUUCGACCUGACAACAUGUCGGACUACACCAAACAGAUGCAGCGAUUCAAUGUAGGCGAAGAUUGUCCUGUCUUUGAUGGUCUGUACGAGUUCUGUCAACUGUCAACAGGAGGAUCUUUAGCUGGUGCUGUCAAGUUGAACAAGACACAGACUGAUAUUGCAGUCAACUGGGCAGGAGGUCUUCAUCACGCAAAGAAGUCUGAGGCCUCAGGAUUCUGUUAUGUAAAUGAUAUUGUUCUAGCUAUUUUGGAACUGCUAAAAUAUCACCAACGAGUUCUGUACAUAGAUAUUGAUAUCCAUCAUGGUGAUGGUGUGGAGGAAGCUUUUUAUACAACUGACAGAGUCAUGACUGUCUCAUUUCACAAAUAUGGAGAAUACUUCCCUGGCACUGGUGAUUUGAGGGAUAUUGGUGCAGGAAGAGGCAAGUACUAUGCUGUUAACUUCCCUCUGAGGGAUGGUAUUGAAGAUGAAUCUUACCAACAGAUAUUCCAGCCUAUUAUAUCCAAGGUGAUGGAGAUUUAUCAACCCAAUGCUGUAGUACUCCAGUGUGGUGCAGACUCCCUCGCAGGUGACAGACUCGGCUGCUUYAACCUGUCACUCAAGGGACAUGCUCAGUGUGUGGAUUUUGUCAAGAAGUUUGGUUUACCACUGUUGAUUCUUGGCGGAGGGGGAUACACAAUAAGAAAUGUUGCUCGGUGCUGGACAUAUGAAACGUCAGUGGCUUUGGAUGCUGAUAUAGCAAACGAGUUACCCUACAAUGAUUAUUUUGAGUAUUUUGGCCCUGACUUUAAACUUCACAUCAGCCCAUCAAACAUGACCAACCAAAACACACCUGAUUACCUGGACAAAAUCAAGCAGCGUUUGUUUGAGAAUCUCAGGAUGAUUCCUCAUGCCCCUGGUGUCCAGAUGCAACCAAUACCAGAAGAUGCUUUACCAGAAGAGGAAGAAGAUGAAGAUGAAGAGGAUCCAGAACAAAGAAUAAGCAUACGUGCUUCUGAUAAGCGUAUUGCAUGUGAGGAAGAGUUCUCCGAUUCAGAGGAUGAGGGAGAUGGUCGCCGUGACAACCAUUCUGGCCGUGAAGGACGCUCCCGUAAAAGAAAUCGCACCUACCCUAUAGAAAACAUGGUAGCAAAUGGAAAUGCCGAGAAUGCAAAUGGUGAUGAUGAAACCAGAUCUACUGGUUCUAAAAAUACUAAUAAUGGGGGAACAAAACCUGCUGCUSCCGUUAUUGCACCAGAAAACAAAACCAACCCCUCCAGUGGAACAACUUCUCCUAGGGAAGGCUCUCCCAAGACUGUAGGUAGUACAACUGCUGCUGACAUCGCAGAGGAAACAACUACAGCUCCUGAAGCUAGCAGAACCAGUCCUGUUGAGGCUGAUGCUCAGAGCUCUGAAGCUGCUAAGGAAGAACCGGCAAGUGAGCCUAUGGAAGUAGCUGAAUCUGAACCAGCAAAAGAACCUCCCAGCAAACCGGCAACUGAAUCUUCUAAAGCAGAGGAAGCUGAAGAUAGCCCUCCAGGGGAAGCUGAAGCUGCAAAGUCAGAAUUGGUAGCAGACAGCACCUCCAAACCAAUAGAAGGUGAAGAAAGCAUGGAACAUUAGCCUCUUAACUAAGCAUUUCAACAUCGUAGUAUAUUGAACAUAAGUCACUGUAAUUAUUAUGUUAUUUUAUAUUGUAUGUCAUUUUAAAAAGAACUUGUAACUCUUUUCACUGAAGYGCACUCCCUAUUACAGUGAAAAUGGCUCAAGCUUACCACCUAGAUUCCAUUAUUGGUUUCAUUAUUUGAACAUUGAAAAUUACUAUUCUUUUCGAGAAUAUGAAGAAAAGGAUUCAAAAUAAUAACGAAUUCAAAACUCAAUAUCUGACUGGAUUAUUCCAUUUGAGGAACACCCUAAUCCAAUCAGAAUUCAAAUUUUGAAUUGGUUAUUAUUUUGAAUCUUGUUUCUUCCCAUCAGAAAGAAUAAUAGAUUUCAAUAUCCGAAUACUGAAGCCAUUAAUGGAGUCUAGAAGGGUAAGCUUGAGCCGUUUUGACUGUAAACCCUUAUACACAGGUGAAACAAAAAAAUCUUUAGGCUGGAAUUUUUGUGCUGUGUUGGUCUCACACAAUAACUGGGUUCCUAAUUCAAUAUGAAAUAGAUGGGUUUUGGAUGGAUGAGAGCUAUGGGAUGAAUGGAUAUGAGAUGGUUCCCAAAUGGCAAUGAAUAAAUUCCAUAUCCUGAUAAAAACCGCAGAAUCUUUUUUUUCCGUAACAAACAUUUUAAACCAGAAUACAAAAUGGUAGAACUCUACUGGUUAGAAAUUGUCCCAUUUGGGGGCAGCUUAGCUUAAGACGUUGCAAAACAUAUAGUGCCUACAUAAUACUCAUAAUUUUUGAAGUUGCUAUGUAAAAGUUUCAUUUUGAUCUGUAAGCAAGUUGGAUAGGGUCGUUCUUUUUUGCUAUUUUUUUUUUUCACUUUUCGCUAACUUAUUUCAAUUCGAGUUUAAUUUAUCUCAUGACUGUAAUAUCACCUGUUUGCUAGAAUAUUAAUAUCCAUGGUGUCGCUUCUUUAAUAAAAACUGAUUUGUACAUCAA